AUGGACGGAUUCAUUCAAGGCCAGACAGACGUUCUGAUAGUCGGAGCUGGGCCAGCUGGCUGCAUGGCUGCAUCUACACUUGCAAGAUAUGGGAUAGACUUCCGCCUCAUUGAUAAACGAGCUGCAAGAACACAAGCUGGACAUGCCAGCGCAUUUCAACCUCGAACGCAAGAGAUCUUGCAAACCCUCAACCUUCGACAUAAGCUGGACGAACUGGGACACCGUCUCACUGAGACGUCUUUCUGGUCAGUUGAUGAGGGGAAGAAAUUAAGCAGAGAUAGCGUGGGCCGUGAGGUGAUUCACCCUACUCCCUACCAGUACCUCUUCAACUCAGAUCAGGGAAUUACCGAAGGCAUUUUUGAAGCAGACUUAAUCUCGCGCGGCUUCAAGGUCGAUCGCUUCUUGGAGAUAGUUGAUUACGAAUACCAAGACAGAGAUCCAGCUUGGCCUCUCAUUGCCUAUAUCAAGAAUCAUGUCUCUGGUGCAAUCGAAGCUUGGCAGACAAAGUACAUCUUGGGCACUGACGGAGCUCGAAGCACGAUCCGUCGAAUAACCGGUGUUACAACACAGUCACAGGGAGGAGAAGAUGUCUGGGCUGUUGCUGAUGUCUUUCUAAAUACGAACUUUCCAGAUACCCGCCGCAGAGUUGCGAUUCGUUCCCCAUAUGGUGGUUGCAUGCUUAUCCCUAGGAAGGACGAGGGCCUACGCGUCUUCUUACAGCUCACCCCACAAGAUGUUCAGAUGCUCGACGAAGCCAAGAAACAGAGCGCCCCUCAAGGCUUGCACAGCAGUAAGGAUUUCAAACUGCUUGAUAUUGUCCAAUCUCAGGCUCAAAAACUUCUUCGCCCAUACAAGUUCGAAAUUACCAAAGUCCUUUGGAUCAGUCGCUACACUGUAUCCCAAAGAAUUGUCAAUACAUUCCGCGACCAACGUGGGAGUGUGUUUCUUGUGGGUGAUGCUUGCCAUACCCACAGCCCCAAAGCUGGCCAAGGAAUGAAUGUAAGCAUAUCUGAUGCUUAUAACCUGACAUGGAAGCUUGCACUUGUCAUGAAGGGGCUGGCAAGCCCGAACCUGCUUGACACAUAUGAAACUGAACGGAAACACAUUGCCACGCAGCUAAUCAACUUUGAUGCCAAGUUUGCCAAGGCUUUCACCCAACGGACGAACCUCGACGACACCACAUUGUACGAUCUUUGGCAGGAAAACGUUGGUUUCACAAGCGGCUGUAGCUAUCGGUAUCCACAAGGUUUGCUGGUGUCAGACCAAACAAGCACACUUGUCAACGUGAACGCCACUGAACCGGUAAUCCCUGGGAAACGUCUACUCAGCAUUCCUCUUAUUAGACAAUUGGGCGGGAACUCCGUGCAACUUCUUGACGAGAUGCCCGCCGAUGGGCGCUUUCACCUCUUUGUGUACGCAGGCAAAUCUCUCACUUCAGAAGCCUUCGUACGAUUGUCGGAAUUCUUGUCCUCCCCGACAUCUCCUGUGCACCGCUUCAGCAAAAAGACUCCUCAUCAUUUGAGUGCCUUCCAUCAAGAAGACAUCACUUCUACCUAUCCAAAGGCAAAUUUUGAUUACGUUGUGGACGUCUUUCUCCUUCACACGACCCCACAUCUCGAAGUCGAUCUUGAGCUUUUGCCCCAGCCAUUCUCCGAUAAGUGGUCCGCCAGGGUAUAUGAAGAUGUCGAUAGUAAAGGCCAUGUCAUACAUGGAAUUUCCAAGGAAGAUGGCGCGUUGGUUCUUGUCAGGCCCGAUGGAUAUGUGAGUGUUGUAACUGAACUGGACAAGCCUCAAGUGAUUAUUGACUUCCUGGAUGGUUUCUUGGUUGAAGGAGGGGGUGUUCAAGAAGGGGUUUUUCCUGUCAAGAAGAUGUGA